AUGGCUGCAUCUAAAAGCAACACCAACAACCUCAUAGCCAUCCUUCUCCUCCUCCUCAGCCUCAUCUUCAUCCGAGCGGCCUCCUCAAAGGACAUCACCUGGUGGUGCGGCACCACCCCACACCCGGGCCCCUGCACCCAUUUCAUGGCCCACUACACAGCCCCACGAUCCCCACAGGACUUCCGCACCAUGACUAUCCAGGCGGCUCUCGAUCGCUCUCUGGAGGCCCAAUCGGAUGCCUGGCCCGGCCUGGCCCACUGCCGCAGCAAGCGGAAAGCCGUCGUCCUCCGAGACUGCAACAACCUGAUGGAAAAUACGGUCGUCCAGCUCAACACCACCCUCCAAAGCAUUCGCACCAAUGCCAGCUUCACGGGGUGGGACGUGCAGACGUGGCUCAGCACGGCCCUAACGAACAUCGAGAUCUGCCGCUCGGGCUCGCACGACCUCAACCUGAUGGGCUUCCGGAGCCCCAUCCUGUCCGGGAACGUGUCGGAGCUCAUCAGCAACAGCUUGGCCACCAACGGGGCCCUCCUCGAGAAGAAUUCGACGUCGGGUGGGUACUUUCCGCAGUGGGUGACGAGAAGGAUGCUGGUGGGGGAGGUGAGGGCUGAUGCGGUGGUGUCGAAGAGCAGGAGGGGGGAGUUCCGGUCGGUGCAGGCGGCAGUGGAGUGGGCGGUGGGGAGGAGGAGGCCUGGGAGCAGGCGACGGGUGGUGGUGCACGUGAGGGGAGGGGUGUACAGGGAGAACGUGCUGAUAGGGAGGACCAUGAAUAAUGUCAUGCUGGUCGGGGAUGGGCUGAGGCGGACCGUCAUCACAGGCGCUAGGAGUGUCACCGCUGGCUUCACCACCUACAGCUCCGCCACUGUCGGCGUGGACGGCAUCGGCUUCAUCGCACGUGGCAUCACAUUCCGCAACACGGCAGGCCCACGGAGUGGGCAGGCAGUGGCCCUCCGAUCAGCCUCCGACCUAUCGGUAUUCUAUGCGUGCUCAUUCGAGGGUUACCAAGACACGUUGUUUGUCCACGCUCAACGCCAAUUCUAUAAGUCGUGCUACAUCUACGGCACCAUUGACUUCAUCUUCGGCAAUGCUGCCGUCGUCUUUCAGAACUGCGUCAUUUACGUGCGGCGACCAGUGUGGGGCCAAGCUAACGUGAUCACGGCCCAGGGGCGAGGCGACCCUUUCCAGAACACGGGCAUCUCCAUCCAUAACUCUCGGAUCAUGCCCGCACCUGACCUCCGCCCCGUGGCCAGGUCCUACAGAACCUAUCUUGGUCGGCCUUGGCAGCAGUACUCACGAACCGUUAUAAUGAAGAGCUUCAUAGAUGGGUUUGUUAGCGGCCAGGGGUGGUCACAGUGGGAAGACUCCAACUUCGCGCUCACCACCUUGUACUAUGGGGAGUACCGUAAUUUUGGUCCCGGCGGGUCCACGAGGAGUCGCGUUAGGUGGCCUGGGCAUCACGUCAUCACAAGCUCUAACGUGGCAGCUAGGUUCACGGUGGGAAGCCUUAUCGCUGGCCGGGCGUGGUUGCCGUCCACUGGAGUUCCCUUUACGCCUGGCUUGUGA